UCUUGAUGACCAAGUGAAAAGUAGCCAAACUUCCCAAAACGGCUGCCACAAGGUCACUUUUGGAGACGUCUGGUCACGCAUGUGGACGUCAAAUGAUUCUAAUUCUAGCAUUAUUAUGAACUCUCCAGUCCUAUUAUUUCAAAUAUGGUUUGGUCAAAAUGUGUAUCCUUACCUGACCCCAAUGCGUAUAUUUUUGUUCGUCAUCAGCCUCAUAAGCUCCUUGUUGGCUUUUGGAAGCUUCACACAGACCGAGUUCUACAAAUCAAAUUCUGCAGUGUGGGUCCCCACCAUUACGUGUUAAGAUCUCUCGGAGAAGUGGUGGUUCUUGUUGUUGUGUCUUGUCUGAUGUUGGCAAUCGGACACAAUCAUCGUCAUGGGUCGGACGAGGUUGCGGUAUUGGUGACGGUCGUUGCCAUGGACGUUGAUGCGGUUUGUCUGAUCAGUCUGCUUACGCCCGACCAUCAUUCCUCUCUGUUGGAGGCCAUCGUUACGUUAACGUUGCACUUGGUUGGCCUGUUGGGAAGCAGCAAUCUUAGAAUAUUUGCGAUGUUUUUGGUGUUUCUGAUACUGCUCGUCAAGAAUUUUCAAUGGCGACACGUGGGAGAUGCUCAAAAUGAUCAGCAUUACUUGAUUUGGGAUGCCCAAGAAGCUGUUUGAUCUGCAUAACUUGUUUCCCAUUUAAAUUUAUUGAACAUCUAUCACUGAUAAAUAGAUGGUGUGUAAUUUCCUUUCCUUUCUCUGUUUUUCUAAUGCUAUU